AUGACUCCCGAACGAGUCGGAGAUUCCUCCGACUCCCUGUCUCGGCGGCGCCCUAAUUUCUCGACUCGAACCGCCCAAGAAGAUGUAUCUCGUCUUGCACCUGGAGACUCGGCUCAUUCAACCUCCGAUGAACGUACUCGACUACUACCCUGGCCACCAACUCGAUGGGCUCGUCCAUAUGAGCCCAUAAACUCCUCGGAACCAGCAGAGAAUCAACAAAAUUCAUCGUCUACGGAUUAUUUCCACGGAAUAUCUCGAUGGUGGCACGAAAGGGGGGAAACUGACCAGGAACAUGGGACUAACGGAGAUAUUGUACCACGACGUGUGUCCUUGUCUGCGGGUCCUCUUCGCGACUCUAGUGUGGAUAAGAAGGACAAGAGUGGACAUCGAUCUCGAUCGAUGGAUGAGCCGAAGAAGCUUGGCACAUUCUCAGGUGUUUUUGUCCCUACAACCUUAAAUGUGUUGAGUAUUCUUAUGUUCCUUCGAUUCGGAUUCAUUCUGGGACAAGCUGGUGUAUUGGGCAUUUUAGGAUUGCUCAUUGUGUCAUACACCAUCAACCUUGUGACGACCAUGUCUCUGUCCGCAAUUGCGACAAACGGGACAGUCCGAGGUGGUGGUGCAUACUACCUUAUCUCUAGAUCUCUAGGCCCCGAGUUUGGUGGUUCCAUUGGCAUUGUGUUCUAUCUCGGCUACGUAUUCAACACCGGUAUGAAUGCUGUUGGUCUGGUGGACUGUUUUACCCAGAACUUUGGGACAGAGUCAGGUGAAUGGGCCAACUUCCUGCAGGAAGGCUUUUGGUGGCAGUACUUAUGGGGAACCGUCAUACUCGUGUUUUGCACGGGUAUUUGUUUGGCAGGAAGCUCUAUCUUUGCGAGAGCAAGUAACGGACUUCUGGUAAUUCUUCUGGUGGCGACCUUCAGCAUUCCACUUUCUGCAAUUUUCUUGAAGCCGUUCCCGGUUCCCCGUCAAGGUGUUGAAUUCACAGGACUCAGCUUGAAAACUUUGAUGGGUAAUCUCAAACCUCAUUUGACCAAAGGAGCUGCAGGAAGUCAGAUCAAAGGGCGAGAAAAUUUCCAAGAUCUUUUUGGUAUUCUGUUUCCGGCCACGGGAGGCAUUUUUGCCGGUGCGAGUAUGUCUGGUGACCUGAAGAACCCAAGCAAGGCUAUUCCCAAGGGUACACUCUCGGGAUUGGCCUUGACUUUUGUCUCCUAUGGACUUGUUAUUCUUGCCCUGGCCGCCUCUGUCACUCGUGAUUCUUUCUAUAACAAUGUGAACGUGAUUCAAGUGGUCAACGCCUCUGAUAGUGUCAUCCUUCUUGGAGAAUUUGCAACCAGUUUCUUCUCUGCACUCAUGGGUGUUAUUGGAUCCGCGAAACUCCUUCAGGCAAUCGCGCGAGAUAGCCUAUUGCCCGGAAUAGGAAUAUUCGCCCAAGGAACACGGAAGGCUGACGAUCCGGUAUACGCAAUCAUUGUGACAUUCGUGUUUGCCCAAGCUACGAUGCUUUUUGACAUCAAUCGUAUCGCGUCUUUUGUUACAAUGACUUAUUUGAUGACUUUCCUUGUGACGAAUCUUGCCUGUUUUCUCUUGAAGAUUGGCUCCGCGCCCAACUUUCGUCCGUCAUUCCACUACUUCAACUGGCAGACUGCGGCAGCGGGAACGUUGGUUAGUGGUGUCAGCAUGUUCUUUGUGGAUGGUCUUUAUGCCACCGGAUGCGUGGGAAUCCUGGUCAUCCUCUUCCUACUGAUCCAUUACAGCUCGCCACCCAAGCCUUGGGGUGAUGUCAGUCAGAGCUUGAUCUACCACCAAGUUCGUAAAUAUUUGCUUCGCCUGCGCCAGGAACAUGUCAAGUUCUGGCGUCCUCAGAUCUUGCUUUUUGUCAGCGAUCUGGACAAGCAGUAUAAAAUGGUUUCUUUCUGCAACUCGCUGAAGAAAGGGGCGUUAUUUGUGUUAGCCCAUGUCCUUGUGACUGAUGACUUUUCAGCAGCUGUUCCUGAAGCACGUCGUCAGCAGACAGCGUGGACCAAGUUUGUGGAAUAUUCCAAAAUUAAAGCAUUUGUAAACAUCUCCAUUUCGCCCGCCGCGGAAUGGGGAAUGAGGAAUAUUGUACUUAAUUCUGGAUUGGGAGGCAUGCGACCGAACAUCGUUGUGAUCGAUCAAUUCCGACAAGACCAGUCGCUUGUUGAGACAUACUCUUCAAGCAGUGGCCGCAGAGACUCCAAGACUAGACGUCCAAGUACGCGACCAGAGGAGCCAAACCAGCCUGGACUAUCAAACCCGCCCAUGAGUGGGCAGAGCUAUGUUACGAUUCUUGAAGACCUGUUGUUCAAGCUUCGAAUCAACGUUGCAGUGGCGAAAGGCUUCGAGGACUUGGAGCUCCCUGACCCUCAUGGUCGCCACACUAAGAAGUACAUUGACUUGUGGCCGAUUCAAAUGUCCGCCGAGCUUGGGGCUGAUAGCGAAAGCAAGCAAAAUGUGCUAACCACUAACUUCGACACCUACACCUUGAUUCUUCAGUUGGGCUGCAUUCUCAACACUGUUCCAUCGUGGAAGAAGACGUACAAAAUUCGAGUUGCAGUUUUUGUGGAAUACGAGACCGACAUUGAAGAUGAAAGAGGACGAGUUGAAGCCCUUCUUGACAAACUAAGAAUCGAAGCUGAGGUUCUCGUCUUCUGGCUUGCCUGCGGUAACCUUCAGGCAUACCGAAUCGUUGUGAAUGGCGAUACCUCCACGGCUUCAGUCGAUGACCAGGAGAAGAUUCAAACUGCCUUACAAGGAGAGGACUGGUGGCAAGGAGUUGUACGAGCUCGUGCUCAAGCACAGGAUCCACAGGACUCAGACAAGGGAAGCGACAGUUUACACCUCGACAAAGCGUAUAGCUGGCAGGGCCCGUCGAGUCAAGACAGCGGUGCCAGGACUCUGCAACAGCGAGUGAGCGGUUUGAGAAAACUAAUUCAGUCUACCCGCCGCAGACGGUCUGUGUCCAGUUUCCGGGCUCUAGGAGGAGUAAACCUUGGAAUGCAAACACAUCGCUUGCUAGAUGCGUUCGUCGACUACGACAGCUCUGAUGACCCGAGUGAGAGCGAAGACAGUGACCUGGAAGCCUAUAUUAGCGACCGAGAGCCCGAGGACGGCGGUGAAGAUAUAACUAGCGCUCGUAAUGAGGCCGUGCCGGUUUCCGGUUCUUCAAGACUCCUUGGUCGAUCCAAAACCGAUGAUUGCGGUCCUAGCGCAGAUUCUCCAAGCACACCUGUGCCCCGGAGUUCUCAGGCGAGAAGUCCGUCGGACCAGAGAAUCCCAUCUAUCAUUGAAACUGGCGAUGACGCUUCGCCAAAAAGUAAAACCCCCGUCCGUCGGCCUCCCAUAAGCCGUUCUGCAUCUAGCAAUCGGUUCAGCUCUUCGCCCAUCCCCGAAGCCAAAGUGGACCCCGAGGCUGAGGGCAACGGACCAUCCAUCAUGUUUGCUGCGCAAAACUCACCUCCCCGGUUUGCAAACAAGCUAGAUUCUAUCUACGCUCGCCGCCCAUCUGCUGUAUCUCCUAGCUCUCCUGGCGCACACGCCACAGGAUAUCCCGGUGUGGCCUCGGUCCCAUUGUCUUUCAACGAUCUCCCCAGUCGCGCCCAGCAUUUGAUUCUGAACGAGUUGAUGGUCCAGCAGAGUGGUGAUACGGCUGUCAUUUUCACUACUCUACCAUCUCCCGUGGAGGGGACUUCGCUUAGUGUGGAGGACAGUGCAUCUUACUUGAGUGACCUAGAGGUGCUGUGGCAAGAUCUCCCACCCUGUCUGCUUGUGCACAGUAAUAGUAUGACAGUGACGAUGAACCUAUGA